AUGGAGGUUCCUGCACUGAGUUGUGUGAAGACGCCAAUCACAAGUUUAAUUGUACGUGCGCAGUGGGAUAUUACGGCAGAUUUUGUCAAAAACGAAGAGCAACAUCUUGUAGAGCACCUGCAGAAAAAUGGAGGCAGCAAUUUUGGAGUGUAUCAACUGUCAAACCCAACGACUAUAUCCAUGUACGAGGUCUUCUGUGAUGCCAUCUCUGAAGAGGGAUUCGUUUGGACGCUUAUCGAAUCUUUCAGCCGUCGCAAUAAAGAUGAAUUUGAGGACAAGGCAUUUUUUAGAGACUAUCCAAAAAAUCAGGAAGCUUUUAAAUGGGACAGGUUUCGUCUCUCUCUGCCACGUAUGAUAGCCACAGCAAACCGCUCAACGCACGUGCGAGCAACGUGCAACUUUAACACUGAACAACUUCAAUAUAAAGAUUACUUUAGGGCCAAGUUGAGUGAAAUCGAUGUCCUGCGCCUGAGUUUUGACGAAUGCAAAAAAGUCGAAUUCAUUAGCAUCCGAGGAUAUAACUGCACUGGCUGCACGGCUUUCUUCUUCCAAAAGGACGGUUAUCAUGCGCAUAGUGAUUCGUAUUGGGCGCCAGCGGUAAAGUGUCAGUUUACUAGCGCAUCUGCAGAUGCAGUUAAGUCCCCGGGAGGCGAAGAUGACUUCGGGUGUUAUCAAACAGUCAAUCCAGUUCACAGAUGUGUAUCGAGUGAUGAUUCGACCACUCAGUGGUGGUUUGGAGUCCAUCACUAG